AACCCAGCUGUUCGAGUACAAAUUAGCACGUGCCCGCUGUAGUCAUUUUUCUGAUGAGCUGAAUUUAAAUCACACACGCUUGAAGUUAGUCCUUAUUAUUCAAAACUUUAUAGUUUCAGUUUCGGUUAGUCUUACAAAAAUACGUAACAACAGCGUGGAGUACACGUUCUAGAGUUCUGUUGUAAGAUAUUUGGAAACUUCGUAUCUGUUUUUGUCUUCGUUUCUUGUGUCUUGAAGCUACUGAACAAAUUUUAACAAAUUAUUUACAAAUAGGUUUCAAUCGACCUAUAAAUAUCAAUCACGUUUGCGUAAAGUUUCGGCAACGAGAAAAAUAAGUAACUAAAUAAAACAUUCGAAAAUGGCAGCUUUACACACCAAAAUAUUGGUUUUCGGACUGAUGUUAAGAACGAUCUCCGGAAGUGCGAUACCCAUAUGGGAUCUUCUGAAUUAUGAAGAAAAGAUGGGUCGGCUAACGUACAUAUUGGUUCACCUAGUUGGUCAGUACUGUAAAGAUUCGCAUAUUCCAGAUUGCCAGAAAAAUCUUGUGUUGUACGGGAUGUCUAACUUGAUGAACAAGGACAAAGAUAGUCUCGACGUUUUGGACCCAUAUCAAAAAGACGGACAUCAAUUAGUUUGGAAGGCUGCGUUGAAAUCUGGAUUCAAAAUGCCUCCUAAAAUUCCAAAAGGAAUAAGUCAGACAGUUGAAGACGUUUUACUUGGACUUCGUGAAUUCACAGAGGAAUCUGAGAUGUCUAAAUUGAUUCUGUCUACUCCGUUACGUUAGUGGUUACUGCAACGUUUCUUCAACAGCGUGUUUGAAUAAUUAUAAGAUACUGAAGACUCAAGAAUAUCCACUAAAUAAAGCAUUAUGAUUCAGUACAACUAGAGUAAAAACAACUGUCGUGAGAUAACAACAGUUUGAACGGAUAUGUGAAAGUAUAAAGUGUGUGUGAAAAAUCA